CUGAGCCGGUCCCCACCCCUUGCUCCCGGCUUCCCGCAGCGGGGACGCUCCCGGGCGCUCCCUGCACGCGCAGCGCGGACUGCACGCGCAUCCUGCGCCCGCGCGCAGGCGGGGCUCCUGGGGACACUGACCCGCGCCGGGCUGGGGUCCCCGGGCGGGGGGUUGCAUGCAGAGGUAGGCUAAGGACAGCCCGCUCUGCGAUGCUGGCUUUCCGGGGCUUCCCUUUCAUCCCCUCGCCUGUGCGCUUUGGUCCAGUUGGGAGUAAGGAGGAGACCCUGCUGCCACCAGCAAAUAUUUUGCAGCUCUUGGACUCCAGUGUCUUUCAGGAAGUGACUCAGGGCAGCAGAAUGCUAUAGAAAAGCAGAUUGUGGUGGUGUAGAGAACCAUGAUUCAAGAUUUCACUCUGGAUCAGCCAGCUCCCAAAUAAUCCCGAAGCUAGAAAGCAGAUGGCAACUCUGUCACCUCAGUCGCUAAUUGCGGCAGCUCAGCAGAACCUGAGACCAGGGAGGAAGAAAGGUUUGUCUCCGGCUGACUCCUUGCACCUGGCUGGGGAGAUCUUAGCUGUAGCUUCUGGAUUGAAACCUGCUGUCUUGUACGAUUACAGUUCAGUCGGAGUAGACAAAAUCAAGAGCUACCUUCAGCAGGUCCACAGCAUCGGCCUGACGAGGCAUCGGCUGCACCUUCUAAACAUAGCAGGCAACGUCCUGAUACUCAACCUGGAGAAGACCGCACGGUGGUUGGAGACGCUGCUACUUACAAACCAAGUGCCCUUCGUCGACGUCUCAGCUUCUCAGACAUGUCCCGGGCACUGUGCGCCAGAAUACGUGGAGUCUAUCAGAGGCCACAUUGCUGAAAUACUGGUUCAUGUUCAAACCCUGGCAGGUGUCUCAUCCCAGCCAGUCACCACCAGUGACAUCUUCUCUGCGGACUGGAAUCUGUGCACCAUCUUUGGUGCUCUCCUGGGCUACCCGGCUUCCUACACUUUCACCACCGAGCGCGGGUUUGACAACUGUUUGUCUCUGACCCCACUGAGAGUUUUUACUGUCCAGGCCUUGUGCUGUAGGAUAAGUAAAGACCUCCGAGUUCGAAUUUAUUCCUUCAGCGUCCCAGAGAACCUGUAUCUUGCCAUGAAGGAGGGGCUGGAUGCCUGGAGUGGAAACCUGAAGGACGCGUUUAGUGCACAGAAUGACUUUGCAAACCUCUGUAUCUCCACAGAGGUGGUUUCUCUCCCUGCGGUUGCUCUGUAAAUCUAGUUGCUUCAUUUCUUUUCCUUACAGGUUGGAGGGGAGGGCGGGGUCGAGGCAUGACAUUUGAGUGGCACUCUUAACACUCCGGUAUAGACAAAGGUUCAUCUGCUGACAUUGGGGAUGUGAAUGGUUAACUGGUGAACCAGUAACCCUCACCCUUCACGGGGGAUGCUUACUGGUUAAGGUUAACCCAUGGGGCUCCGGUUGUACAGAGCAGCCCCUGUCCAUGGCAGACCCGGGCAUGCCGCAGGCAGGGGCUGCUCUGGUGUCCGGAGCAGCCUCUUCCUCGCAGUGGACCCCCCCUCCCCCUGCAGUGCUCAGGCCAGGCUGGAGUAGCCCCUGCCUGUUGGGGGGAGAGAGGGGUGCACCAGCUCACCCCAGUGAGUCUUUAACCGGUUAACGAGGAUUUUACGUCCCUAGUCAGCACAGCGCUCUACCCCAGGAGCAUGGCUGGUGCACCCCCUGAGUGGUGCACUUAUACCAACGUGUGUUUGCAGGGCAGGGCCUAGUGACCUCACGCUAAUGGCACAAUGGAACUCCACCUCCUUCUGCCUUCCACAUAGGCCAGUGGUAAUUCCAUCCCUGCCCUAUCGCAUGAACCCCUGCUCCUAAGGAGUGUGCACAGGGGCAGGAGGCAAGAAGCUAUGGGGCCUAAUUCCGGUUUUAUCUCUGGCUCCGCUUGGUGACAUUUUUCUCCCCUAUGUGACUCGGUUUCCCCGUCUGUAAAAUGGCGAUAUUUACUUCCUGGAAGCAUUGUGAGGAUUAAAAAAAAAGACUCCUUAUGCGGACAGUGCUUUGAAUAGGUGAAGUUUGAUAAAUAUUGUUACUACAUUACCGAAUGUAACCUGCCUCUGAGAGACUACUUGGGUAACGGCACGACUGUGUGUUUGCAUCUGAGAUACGGGCUGUUCUCCAAGCAGCAGAACUUGGCGGUUAAAGGCAUUUCAGGAAGCACCAGCGCUGACUUAGAUUAACAAGUCAGUAUUGACAUUGCUCAGUUUUUCUCCCCACACGUAAUUAAAAACAAAUCAGCAACCUCUGUUGCUUUGUCCGGAUUGGAGGAUGGCAGGGGUGUGGGAGGGGAAGAGGAACUGGAUAAGAACUGAGGCCGUCUUGGCAGAGAGAAAUGGGGCUCAGGGUUUACUGUCUACUUUCAAGUUCUUCCCCCAGCAAUGAGAGGUUUUACGUGUCUGUUUCUAUGCAAUAAAAACGUACAGUUGCUGCCACGCAGACAUGGAACUGUCCAAUUAAAAAAAACAAACCAA